UCGUCCACGUUGCUAAAAUAUGACACAUCGACGUCAUCUCUAUGUACCAUAAUUCAUGAAACCCCACAAACGUAACACCCAUACUACAAAACGUUAAUUUACAAAUUCAUGUAUAUUAUGCAUCUUACGAUCCCUGUUGCCUUUUUUGUAACAUUCUCCUCCAUAUGUUGUUACAGAAUGGACUUACACACCAUUAGAACAACGAAGCCGGACUCACCGUAUUAUCGCCCCCCACCCCUCCAAGUUCAGGUGUUGGCAAUCCAGGACCAAAACAAAGUCAUCUCCUGAGAGUUCAACGAUAAUAGUGCCAAACCCAAUUUGACAAAACACAACAAAAUUGCGGCCGUGACUGAUGGGAAAACUGUUACAAAAAUAACGCUGUAUGAAGAUAUUACAACUAAAAUUCAAUUAGGCCAAAACUACAUGAUAAGAAAUUACACAUUAACUGGACAGUCACCACCCUACUAUAUCACAAUCACAAAAUCAACACAGUUUUUCAGAGCAGCUCCAGUGACAAUCACUGAAGCUCUGAUACAAGAAGGAGAAGCCCUGCUAAACCCACACUCAGCAAUCAGCCCCCUAGCUGUCUGUGGUGACACAGUCAACUUUAUAACAGUUGAAGGAGAGGUUACUGAGGUGUCAGCUGUAAAAAAGGUGAGCAAAGGAAGGGAAGCCAUGCCACUGAAGAACAUUACACUUCAGGAGAACACAACGCAGGUAGUGUUGUGCCUGUGGAGGGAGGCGGCUGUACAAGACGUGAGGCUUGGGUCACACGUUAAAGUUUCUCACCUAAAAUCCCGUAAAAGCAGCUAUGGACUCCAGCUACAUUCCACGACAUUUACAAUGUUUGAGGAGAUCAAAACAUCAACAGACGAAAUGGCUGAAGUGGUAGGAGUGAUGGAGACAAACACCCCAGGCAUCCUCCAGCUCCUUAUGGCCAAUAAUGAAGUCUGCCAAAUUGAGGCAGAAAAAUGGUGGCCAUUUGAUGCGCAACUGGACAAAGGACCAGUACAUGUCCACGUGUGCAAAGAAGGGAAACAAAUAGUUUCCCUACAUCAUGUUUAA